UGGCCCUUUCUCUCCCCAGGAGCCUGAUGCCGCGGACGCUGGAGGGGCAGAUCACGAUGGAGAAGACCCCCAGCUACUUCGUCACCAAGGAGGCUCCUCGGCGCAUCUACAACAUGUCUCGGGACACAAAGCUGAUCGUGGUGGUGCGCAACCCCGUCACCCGUGCCAUCUCGGACUACACGCAGACGCUCUCCAAAAACCCCACCAUCCCCAGCUUCCAGGCCCUGGCCUUCAAAAACAUCAGCACGGGACUGAUCGACACGAGCUGGAGCGCCGUAAGGAUCGGGAUCUACGCCAAGCACCUGGACAACUGGCUGCAGUACUUCCCCCUCUCCAAAUUCCUCUUCGUCAGCGGGGAGAGGCUCGUCAGCGACCCGGCUGGGGAAAUGGGCCGUGUCCAGGACUUUCUGGGUCUCAAGAGGGUGGUGACGGACAAACAUUUCUAUUUUAAUGAGACCAAGGGCUUUCCCUGCCUGAAGAAGCCGGAGGGAGGCAGCAAGCCCCGCUGCCUGGGGAAAUCCAAGGGGCGGCCGCACCCCAAAAUCGACAUGCAGGUGGUCCAGCGCCUGCGGGAGUUUUACAGACCCUUCAACAUGAAGUUUUAUCAGAUGACAGGGCAGGAUUUCGGGUGGGACUGAGCCAUCCACGGGGCACACCGUCGUGCUGGGACCUGGUCUGCCCAGUAGCGUGUGGGGCCAGGACGGUGGUCCAGGGAUGCCCGUGGCUGCUGUGGUCCAGAGAUGCCCGUGGCCACCCCACCAGCAACCUCCUCCCUUUGUUCUAAUUUAUAUUAGACCUUUUCCAGCGAGAAACGGACCCUUCUGGAGUAGAGAGAAAUAUUUAAGAAAUAAAACCACAGAUGACCCCUCUCCCCUCCCCGACCAGAUUAAAUAUUCUUCCAUAUAAAUUUUGCUAAUCUAUAUUAACUGUGACCGUUCCUGGUGGCGAGUGGGAGUGUGUGUAGGGGGGUGUGUGUGUGUGGGGGUGUGUGUGCAUGGGGGUGACAGCUCUGCCGUUCACAAGAAAAGCUUUGGAACCCAGUUGGCCACUGGGACGUGCAGCCAGGGGGUGUUUGCUAAAGCAAAUUCUGGUGCUGAGCACAGGCAGCGGCUGCCGUCGGGCGGCGGAUGAGGCCGGGCGAGCGGCAGACCCCAAGCGUGGGGUGAGUUUUGCAGAUAGAAAAUACUCUGCAGGAAUUUCCUAGUUAAGAAGAACAAUUAACGGCGGUAGUUUUGAAUAAAUGCCAGGUCCAGGGUUAGGGAGAGGGAGUUGCGUACCGCAUACCUUUUUAUGUUCUUUGAGUAACCCAGCUGAUGGAGCGGGGCAUUUCUAGCCCUUUAGGAUGAAAAUCCCCGCUCCCCCUGAACUCACCCAAGCCAAGCAAACAAAAGCCCCAAACUCUGACC